GUGGGUACCCAUAGGAGCUGGUGUGUUUAACGGUAACUCAUCUUUCAGCUGGGAACAUGAGAAAGUUAUUCUCUUUGAAUGCCAUUCAGCCCAGCUAGACUCAUCGUUUUGUUUAUAGUCCUGAGUGUAUUUAGCACCGUGUCAAGCCUGGUCUUUAACACUCCAGUGGUCUCCUCUUCUUUUACGGAUACUGGAUGUUGGAAGGCAGUGACAUGUUAAAGCUGGGCCUAUAUCCCAGGACCCUGCUGGCUGCGGUCUGUGCAGUGGCAGUGUACCUGAGCACAGGUGUCACUGUGGCAAUGCAGGUGACCUCUGCUGGCCCUCAGACUAUUCAGAAAGCACAGGGGGAGAAGGUGACUCUAGAAUGCAUGUACACGCCUGCUCCAUCUGACGUUGGAGAGCUGGACAUCGAGUGGUCAGUUGUCAGUCCUGACAUGACCCAGAAAGACAACCUGAUCAUGUCCUACACUGGCGGGAAGAAGUGGACCCAUGGUGACCCCACCUUAACGACGGGUCUGGAGUUCCGGGCAGGUGACCCCAGCCACGGAGACGCCUCCGUCUCCAUCGCGGCUCUGAAGGUGUCUCACACCGGCACCUACCAAUGCAAGGUGAAGAAAGCUCCAGGAGUGGACAUGCGCAAGGUUACCGUGGUAGUAAUGGAGCGGCCCUCUGUGCCUAAGUGCUGGAUGGAAGGGAGUGAUUCAGUAGGGGGCGCUGUCUCCUUACACUGCAAAGCAUCGCAGGGUUCCACACCGCUGAAGUACCUAUGGGCGAGAGAGAGCGGAGGGACGGUCCCCCCCAGCGCCACACAGGACCCUCUGACCGGUGAGCUGCGGAUCGGCAACCUCUCGGAAAGCUUCUCCGGGAGCUACCGCUGCGAGGUGAGCAACGCGGUGGGGACGGAGCGCUGCCGAUUCGUCCUGCGAGCACAGAAGCCCCCCAGCAGAGCCGGCGUAGUUGUGGGCACUGUGAUAGGUGCUCUCCUGCUGGUCAUCAUCCUGGCGUUGCUGCUCUUUCUUCUGAUUUGCGCACUGAAGCGGCGAAAGAACAAGGAAGCGGCCAAUGACAUCAGGGAGGACUCCCCGCCCCCUGUGAGUCGCCCCCACAGCCGGGUCUCCAGCUUCCGUCCGGGGGUAAUCUACAGCUCGGUGAGGACGGGCGGCGCCUGGCCCGACUCAGAGUUCAGCAGCGUCCUGUCAAGCUCCAACAAGCCUCCACAGCCCGCCUCUUCCCUGAGCACAGGGCUGAAAUAUGACACCUCGUAUGGACACCCUGUUUAGAGACUCCAUGUUAAAGGACACCCUGUUUGAAGACACCCUGUUUGAGGACACCCUGUUUGAAGACACCCUGUUUUAGGACACCCUGUUUGAGGACAGCCCUGGAUAUGACAGGGCUGACAGAUGUUCUGAAGGCUUUAACUGCAGGUUUCUGUUUUUCCCAAGAGCAUCAGGCAUAAUGCAAGAGACCAAUCACACAAACCUUUUUUAUAAAACCUUACAGAAUGUUUAUAAAGUAUUGUAAAACUCAGCAACACAAGCAUGUGAGUGUCUGUGUGUGUGUGUGUUUGUGUGUGUGUGUGUGACAGAGAGAGUUUAUAGACAGAGAUAUUAAAUAAUGUAGAUUUGAGUGGUCUGUUUGAACAUAAGUGCAAAUAUAUAUUUUUUGUAAUUAACAUGUGCUGAUGUGGACUGUG